AUGUGGUCGCACAGUUCCAGCUUCUUCUUACAUCGUGUGCUUGGUCACGCAAAGCGCCACCAACUAGCCACCGACGGCACACACUUUUGUCCGACCAGCAGACUUCACCGUCUGGGUGUGCAGACGGGACAUCGAUCAAGCAGCUUGUCUGAACUGACGCGUGCGAUGCUUGAUGGAAGUCACUGGAUGCAGCAACCAUUACUCGCUUUCAUCCUGAUAAUCCACGCGGAUCCUAUUGUUUUGCUGUCGAUGCAUGAGCCUUUUCGAGCAUAG